GCGGCCCCUCCGCGCCGGCCCCUCCGCGCCCUCCUCCUCCCCCCUGCUCUCCGUCGCCCGGCCCUUAUGGCAGCCGCUCCCCGCCCCGCCGCCGCCCGCACCCCCGCUCCUCCCCGCCGGGCUCCGCCGUUUGCCCCAGCAUCACACCCGAGCUCGGCAGCCGCUCGCUGACCCGCUGCCGGUCGGGGCCCCCGGGAUGCCCAGCGGUCCCGCUCCCCGUCCUUGCUGCCGCCCGCCGCGCCGCCCGGGGGGCACACCGGAGAGUUGAGUUAGGAAGUCAUGGUGCCCUGGGAGCCCUCCCCGCCCCGGCAGUGCGGCGGCUGGACGCUCUGCGACUGCUGCUGCUGGCUGCUGCUGCCCGCCGUGCUGCUCGUCCUCGCCCGCCCCGACAAGCUGGCGGCCUUCCCUACCUCCUUAAGCGACUGCCAGACGCCCACCGGUUGGAACUGCUCCGGUUACGAUGACAGAGAAAAUGAUCUCUUUCUCUGCGACACCAAUACCUGUAAAUUCGAUGGGGAGUGUUUAAGAAUUGGAGACAGUGUGACUUGUGUCUGUCAGUUCAAGUGUAACAAUGACUACGUGCCCGUGUGUGGCUCCAAUGGUGACACUUACCAGAACGAAUGCUACUUGAAACAGGCUGCCUGCAAACAGCAGAGCGAGAUCCUCCUCGUGUCAGAAGGAUCGUGUGCCACCGAUGCUGGUUCAGGAUCUGGGGAUGGAGUCAAUGAAGGCUCAGGUGAAACCAGUCAAAAAGAGACAUCGACCUGUGACAUUUGCCAGUUUGGGGCGGAGUGUGACGAAGACGCAGAGGAUGUUUGGUGCGUGUGCAACAUUGACUGUUCUCAAACCAACUUCAAUCCUCUCUGUGCUUCCGAUGGGAAAUCUUAUGAUAAUGCAUGUCAAAUCAAAGAGGCAUCAUGCCAGAAACAGGAGAAAAUUGAAGUCAUGUCUUUGGGUCGAUGUCAAGAUAAUACCACAACAACUACAAAAUCUGAAGAUGGGCAUUACGCAAGAACAGAUUACGCAGAGAAUGCAAAUAAACUGGAAGAAAGUGCAAGAGGGAUCUACAUCCCUUGUCCAGAGCAUUACAAUGGCUUCUGCAUGCACGGCAAGUGUGAGCACUCCACUAACAUGCUGGAACCGUCUUGCAGAUGUGAUGCUGGCUACACUGGACAACACUGUGAAAAAAAGGACUACAGCGUUCUGUACGUGGUUCCAGGCCCAGUGCGAUUUCAGUAUGUCUUAAUAGCAGCUGUGAUUGGAACCAUCCAGAUUGCCAUCAUCUGCGUCGUAGUCCUCUGCAUUACAAGGAAAUGUCCCAGAAGCAACAGAAUCCACAGACAGAAGCAGAACACAGGGCACUACAGUUCAGACAACACGACGAGAGCAUCGACAAGUUCUAGUGGCAAUUUUGAGUCUACUGAACUCAGUAGUAGGGUUUUGAGUUGGUCCAAGAUCAGCGACAAUUAUGGAUGUGGGAAAGGUGAAGAAUAAUUUAACCUACAUUGAGAAGGGAUAAAAUAUUUCAGAUCCGGAGUCAACUACAUACCAUCAGCCGCCUCCUCCCGUGCCAUCUCUCUUUACUGCCCUCCCCCCCAUAGCUUAGGAAGUCCUUUGCUUUCUAAAUUAAAACCCUAACGAAGGGGAAAUGGAAAUUCUCGGUAACUGCAGCCAGAGCAUCCGGGGGUAACGUUUCAGUCUGGGAGGGAAUCGGGUGGCUGGCAAGGUGAACCCUACAAGAACACUUAGCAGAGUCUCCAACUCUGGUCACUGGAGUGAGAGAAAAUUGCUUCUUACUGCUGAUUGAAAAUUAUUAGGUUAAAAAAGUUAAUAACAUAAUAACAGCCGAAAUGCCAGCACCAUUUGUACCUCAUGAACAUGCUGAUAGAGAUUAUUUUUUUGUGUGGUCCAAGAGAAGGUGAAAACCACUCAGAAAAUCCCAGACAAAUAACUUUGUGGGUGACCUAGUUCUAUUAAAUGUAAUGAACUCCAAUGUUGGCUAUACCUGAGGAAAAUAAGAGCAUGUGUUUUGUCACAUCCACAUGAUGGACAAGAGGCAAAGUUAUUUUCAUGGUAGCUGAACCUCUCCAAAUGUAAUAGAAGCUUCUUUCAAAAAGUUAAUACUGCUCCAGGUAGUGCUCUGAAUUUUGAAGAUGACAAAGUGAGACUGAAGGGCAGAGGGUGGUAGCUUCACUCCUGCUGCAUAACCUCACCUCCACUAAUUGACGACCAAAGUCCCAGUCACACUAAAUAACAUCACUGAACUAACACACA